GGGCAGCAGCCUCUUAAGGUGCAGGGUUGAGUAACCGGGUGGUAGCCGGCUAGUCAUGGCUAUUUAACAGUGUGAUGGCCUUGAGAUACUGUAGAAGCUGUUUUUCAGUCUCUUGGUCCCAGCUUUGAUGCACCUGUACUGACCUCGCCUUCUGGAUGAUAACGGGGUGAACAGGUAGUGGCUCGAGUGGUUGAUGUCCUUGAUGAUCUUCUUGGUCUUCCUGUUACAUCGGGUGCUGUAGGUGUCCUGCAGGGCAGGCAGUGUCCGCGGUGAUGCGUUGGACAUACCCAGUGGCGACCAGUCAUUUAGAUUUUUUGGGGCUUGCCUGUUUUAAAUGUUAUUUUGGCAUUAGUAUGUGUCACAUAUCAGUUUGCAAACAAUUAAAAAUAUAUAUAAAUCAUUGAGUUAAUAAAGAUGCAUACAAACACGGCCUCUUUUUUGUUUUCUUGAGUAAGGCAGCUCCAAAAUACAGGUGUUUCAGCCCAGCUCAGUGCUCUCUGUGGUGGUGGGGCAAGCCAGCAGAAAAUUCGGAGCUUUGCGCCGUGAUUGGAUCAGUGUUCUGUCACUCAUGAGGAAACUACGCCACCGCAUAGUCUAAGGGGAGACCACGAAAAUUCUAGCCCUUUGGGUAUUGAUAUAGAGAUACAUUAGAAUUGCCCAUCCAAGAAGUCUCAAGGUCAUUGGCCACAGAUAACAUGACGUCAAAUCUCGUUAUAUGUAUAGUAGCUUUGAUUGGACUGAUCAUGUCAACAUCAUACUUUCAAAAUCUUAGCUAGAAGUCAUCAUGAAUCAAGUCGACAAUCUACUGGCAAAUCCUUUUCAACCCUUGCCAUAUGAAGAGAAAUAAUGAGGAGAAAUUAUAGAUAAAACGAAUCGGUGCUUAUCGGCCAUUGGAUAUAAACAUUACACAACAAGUUGUAAAUUGCAAAUUCAACAUUGAGUGGUUUGGAAGGAAGUGAGCACAACAAGAUGAGUCCAAAAAUGUAUUGUAUGCUGCUGCAUAAAUUAUGUAAUAUGCCAGGGAGAUAUGCAUACUGUAGCUAAGAAAGUAAUACUAAUGUUGUGUAUGUUGUCUAUGUUGUGUAGUAAGCUGUUAGUAGCCCAUGUGUCUCGCGCUAAUAAUUUGAUCCCUUUUCCCCUCUUUUGCAUACUGUUCUGACUUGGUGGUGCACGUGCACAUGUAGCCUAUAGCCUGUUUUAGAGAAAUGUAAUCAUCGAAUAUUGUAAGAGCUUUCAUUGUCUGCUUAUAUGGCCCCGUUAUUUAUCCUACGGUUCUGACUUAGUGUACAGGGAGAAUACAGUAAGAACAGCCCAUGUUCUGAAUUCUAUCGCUGUACAUUUCAAAAGUGCUGAACAAAUAGUUAUAUUGACAACAUCCGUUCUAGUUCGCUCAUUAAUGUCUCAAUUGAAAUUACGGAUUGUCCUUCCCUUAUGUCAUAGUUUGUACUUCUCAAUUGUCAGUAGAAACCACAAUUUUUUAACAAGUCUGCCAUAUCAGCUAUGUUUUUUAAAAAGGCAGUAAAUGAGGCUGAAUUAACUGUUUUGCUGCCAGACAAGGCUCCGCUGAAAGCCAGGUGUAGCAGUGGUAAGGUGUUAGGACUGCUUUUUGGACAGCUUUAUGUAGGUCCUAACACCUUGUGGGCACCGUUUGUCACCGUUAUAGUACAAUUAAUGUAUUGUUUAGUGUUGUGUAGUGCCUUUGCUGGCAUGCAUACAUUUAUUUAUAAUUUUUUUUGCCCCACCAAAAUGUAUAUGCUAAAAUCGCCACUGGGUAGGCCGUACCAUCCUCUGGAGAGCCCUGUGGUUGCGGCAGUGCAGUUGUCGUACAAGGCGGUGAUACAGUCCGACAGGAUGCUCUCAAUUGUACAUCUAUAAAAGUUUGUGAGGGCCUUAGAGGCCAAGCCAAAUUUCUUCAGCCUCCUGAGGUUGAAGAGGCGCUGUUGCGCCUUCUUCACCACAUUGUCUUCUCCACUGCCAUCCCAUCGUUGUGAAUAGGGGCGUGCUCUCUCUGUUGUCUCCUGAAGUUCACGAUCAGCUCCUUCGUUUUGUUGAGGGAGAGGUUAUUUUCCUGGCACCACUCCGCUAGGACCCUCACCUCCUCCCUGUAGGCUGUCUCGUCAUUGUUGUAAUCAGGCCUAAUACUAUUGUGUCGUCUGCAAACUUGAUGAUUGAGUUAGAGGCGUACGUUGCCAUGGAGUCAUGAUUGAACAGGGAGUACAGGAGGGGGCUGAGCACCCCUGUGUUGAGGAUAAGCGUAGUGGAGGUGUUGUUUCCUACCUUCACCACCUGGGGGCGGCCUAUCAGGAAUUCCAGGACCCAGUUGCACAGGGCGGGGUUCAGACCCUGGGCCCCGAGUUUAAUGAUGAGCUUGGAGGGUACUAUGGUGUUGAAGGUUGAGCUGUAGUCAAUGAACAGCAAUCGUGCAUAGGUAUUCCUCUUGUCCAGAUGGGAUAGGGCAGUGUGUAGGGCAAUGGCAAUUGCAUCAUCUGUGGAUCUAUUGGGGCAGUAUGCAAAUUACAGUGGGUCUAGGGUGUCAGAUAAGAUGGAAGUGAUAUGAUCCUUAAAUAGCCUCUCAAAGCACUUCAUGAUGACAGAAGUGAGUGCUACGGGGCGAUAGUCAUUUAGUUCAGUUACCUUUGCUUUCUUGAGUACAGGAACUAUGGUAAACAUCUUGACGCAAGUGGAGACAGCAAACUGGGAUAGGGAGAGAUUGAAUAUGUCCGUAACAACUCCAGCCAGCUGGUCUGCGCAUGCUCUGAGAAGUGGCUAAGAAUACCGUCUGAGCCAGUAGCCCUGCGAGGGUCAACACUCUUAAAUGUCUUACUCAAGUCGGCCACGGAGAACGAGAGCCCACAGUCCUUGGGAGCGGACCGCGUCGGUGGCACUGUGUUAUACUCAAAGCUGGCGAAGAAGGUGUUUAGCUUGUGUACAAAUCCUUGCGACAUGGGGUAGUGCAUUAUGCUGAAACAUGAGGUGAUGGUGGUGGAUGAAUGGCACGACAAUGGACCUCAGGAUCUCAUCAUGGUAUCUCUGUGCAUUCAUAUUGCCAUUGAUAAAAUAACCCCAUAACCCCACCUCGCUCUGUUCACAACGUUGACAUCAGCAAAACGCUUACCCACACAACGCCAUACAUGUGGUCUGCGGUUGUGAGCUACGUUGGAUGUACUGCCAAAUUCUCUAAGAAGACGUUGGAGGCGGCUUAUGGUAGAGAAAUUAGCAUUCAAUUCUCUGGCAACCGCUCUGGUGGACAUUCCUGCAGUCGGCAUGUCAAUUGCACGCUCCCUCAACUUGGGACAUCUGUGGUAUUGUUUUAUGUGACAAAACUGCACAGUUACCUUUUAUUGUCCCAAGCACAAUGAUCAUGUCGUUUAAUCAGCUUCUUGAUAUGCCACACUUGUCAGGUGGAUGGAUUAUCUUGGCAAAGGAGAAAUGCUCACUAACAGGGAUUUAAACACAUUUGUGCACAACAUUUGAGAGAAAAGCUUUUUGUGUGUAUGGAACAUUUCAGCGAUAUUUUAUUUCAGCUCAUGAAACAUGGGACGAACACUUUACAUGUUGCAUUUAUAUUUUUGUUCAUUAUAUAUCUUAAUCUGAAUUUUAAAAGAAAUACAGCUACAUUUGAAAAAAUCUAAUUUAUAUGAAUGGGAAAAUGAAAUAGGCUGGAUGGAGGAUUCUUGACUUUUCAAUUCCUUAUAAUCAUUCUCUAUCGUUUUGUACUGUAAAUGUGAUGUAAUGUAUUGUAUGUUUGUUAAUCACCUCUUUUUGAUCCGAAACAACUAGCAAAAUGUAAUCAACAAUAUGAAAUAUGGAAUAAAGAUGUUAUAUCUUUUAAACAAAAAUAAAAAAAUAAGCAACAAAACAAGAGAUGAUUCAAAACAAAUGUCUGUAACUCAUGAAAGAGAACAGGAACAGAGAGAUGUAGUUUUUACGCAGAUUGCGUAAUAAGGAGGACUGGCAGUGGUCAGGCCCCUUAGCAACCCCCUAGCAACCUAUCAGUGGCCUGGUCACUGAGGUCACUGAGAUUUGAGUGGCAGGUUGGGGGAUGGGUAGAGUGAGCUGCAUGAAGUGAUUCAACUGAAUUUCACAGGAAUCCAUAACACAAACACAGUUCUAACAGUGUAAUGCACAUAAUGAUUGCUUUCCUUGUGUUAAUAGUACAUUGCAAGUAAUCCUUUUGUUACUGUUUGUGUGUUUUUGUGGUUUUAAUUCCUUGAUUCAAGUUAUUCUCCAGAUAUUACAAAACACACAAAAAGCUAGCACUCAAUGUCCUAGGAGACAAUCAUAAUCAGUUCCUGAUGUGGAGUUUCGCAUAAAUAAAGGUCUGGACUCAAAACAGUGAAAACACACCCACUUGAAUAUUCUACAGCAAAGCAGUGCACCCCAGAAAUAAUCAUAGGUCGGCUCCCCAAACCAUUUUAGAUUAAUUUGAUCAGCAUUUAGGAAACUUUGAGGUUAGUUACUACUGUCGUUGUUAUUACAGCACAGGGUCAUGGAGACUUGGGUCCUGUUGGUCUUCAGAUUGUUGCUCUUUGUGCAGACUGGACACAGCAAGCAGUCCUGCCAGCCAGUGACCGUGGACUUUUGUCAAGAUGUUGGUUACAACACGACCAUCAAUCCAACCCACCAAACCAGGGACUACAACCUGAGGCAGCUUCGUAAGAUUGUGAAGACGGGCUGCUCUCCAGAGGUCACAGUUUUCCUAUGUGGCGUUGUUUCACCUGAGUGUGUGUUGGAUGACAAGAUUCCACCCUGCAGUUGGCUCUGUGAGAGGGUGAAGAAUGAAUGUGAGCCUUUUCUGAGAGAGAAGGGUCUAAAUUGGCCAGAGAAGAUCAGAUGUGAGGCUUACCCCAAACAAUCCUGUGCCAACGGCCAAGAGAGUAUCCCUGCACCAAACCCUGCAGGAACCUGUGAGCCAAUCAUCAUCCCUCUCUGCAAGGACCUGCCCUACAAGGACACUGUAAUGCCCAACCUAUUAAACCACUCCACACAGGAGGUCGCUGGUUUAGAAUUGAAUCAGUUUUACCCUCUGGUAAAAGUGCAGUGUUCUCCUCACCUUCAGGCCUUCCUGUGCUCUGUCUACACUCCAGAGUGUGUUUCAGGGAAAGCCCGCCCACCCUGCAGAGCUCUGUGUGAGCUAGCCAGAAAGGACUGUGAGGGGCUAAUGAACAAGUUUGGUUUUCAGUGGCCCAGUCAGUUGGAGUGUGACACCCUCACAACGGAAUCUUGUGAACAUUUUGGCGUGACCAGUGCUCCGUCCCCUGAGGGCCCCUGCCAGCCAAUCACCAUGCCACUUUGCCAGGGCAUCUCCUACAACCGGACGGCCAUGCCAAAUCUGCUGGGGCACAAAAAACAGGCGGAGGCGGCCGUUAAAAUGGCUCAAUUGGAGUAUGUUUUGAAAUUGACUUGUUCUGUGGAUAUCCGCUUCUUUCUGUGUUCUGUCUACGCUCCCCAGUGUGUGGAAGGGGAGGUGCAGCGCCCUUGCAGAUCCCUUUGUGAGAGAGCCAAACUGGGGUGUGACCGUGUGUUUAAUACGUUUGGGAUGUCCUGGCCUGAUGAUCUGAGCUGUGAAUCCUUUCCAGAGGAGUCAUGCGUGAGAGGGGACAGCAAUCCCGAGCAACUCACGGCUGAGGAACUCCUGGUCAAGCUGAAUGAACUUGGUCACUCUGUUCGGGACCAAUCACUAAGUCUUCAAACUGCCCACAUAUUGUUGGCUCUAGAAGAUAAAGACAAAUCAGGCAAACUGGAUGUGAAAGAAUUCCACAACCUAAAGAACUAUGUGUCUGUUACCAAGAGAGAGUACUCAGAGUCCUAUGAGUGGCAGAACCCAGGGUUCGUCACAGAAUACCAUAUGAAUAAUGCGCUUGAUGUCCGUGAUCUCAGUUUGGACGAUGAAACGUUCAAAACACUAUGGGACCGGUACAGCUCUGGUGGAGGGAUCAAAUACGAUGACUUUAUGGCCAUUCUCACAAGGCUCAAGAUCCUGAAGGGUAACUCUUUACUCACUAUGUAACAAAUUCCUGACUUUCCAAUCAAUCUACUACAUUUAAAUAUAUACAGUGGGAAGAACAAGUAUUUGAUACACUGUCGAUUUUGCAGGUUUUCCUACUUACAAAGCAUGUAGAGGUCUAAUUUUUAUCAUAGGUACACUUCAACUGUGAGAGACGGAAUCUAAAACAAAAAUCGAGAAAAUCACAUUGUAUGAUUUUUAAGUAAUUAAUUUGCAUUUUAUUGCAUGACAUAAGUAUUUGAUACAUCAGAAAAGCAGAACUUAAUAUUUGGUACAGAAACCUUUGUUUGCAAUUACAGAGAUCAUACGUUUCCUGUAGUUCUUGAUCAGGUUUGCACACACUGCAGCAGGGAUAUUGGCCCACUCCUCCAUACAGACCUUCUCCAGAUCCUUCAGGUUUUGGGGCUGUCGCUGGGCAAUACGGACUUUCAGCUCCCUCCAAAUAUUUUCUAUUGGGUUCAGGUCUGGAGACUGGCUAGGCCACUCCAGGACCUUGAGAUGCUUCUUACGGAGCCACUCCUUAGUUGCCCUGGCUGUGUGUUUCGGGUCGUUGUCAUGCUGGAAGACCCAGCCACGACCCAUCUUCAAUGCUCUGAGGGAAGGAGGUUGUUGGCCAAGAUCUCGCGAUACAUGGCCCCAUCCAUCCUCCCCUCAAUACGGUGCAGUCGUCCUGUCCCCUUUGGAGAAAAGCAUCCCCAAAGAUUUCCACCUCCAUGCUUCACGGUUGAGAUGGUGUUCUUCUUCUUCCUCCAAACAUGGCGAGUGAAGUUUAGACCAAAAAGCUCUAUUUUUGUCUCAUCAGACCACAUGACCUUCUCCCAUUCCUCCUCUGGAUCAUCCAGAUGGUCAUUGGCAAACUUCAGACGGGCCUGGACAUGCGCUGGCUUGAGCAGGGGGACCUUGCGUGCGCUGCAGGAUUUUAAUCCAUGAUUUUAAUCCAUUUACUCAAAGACUCAUAUAUUUAUAUGCAAACGAGAAGCUAGAUAGUGUUUAGUACUAUUGGAAUCUGUGUUGUGUUCUUGAGGAUUCGAGUGGUGUCAUCUGUUAAUAGCAGACUGGCUGAUAGCCAAUGGACUUUCCAUUUCAAGGGAGGGAUUUGAAAGAAAGUCACAGGCACAGGACUCACUUCCCGAAUAACAGUGAGAGUAGUGAUAAUGUGGCAAUAAUAUUGAAAGUCGAGGUUCAACUUUUGGACCAAAUUCACUGCAUUAUCCUCCCUCUGGAAGUGCAUACCUUUGUUUUAACUUUCUUUCAAGCUCCUCAUCCACCAACAACUCUCAUGGCGACACGAUAAUGACAUAAGACUUCUGAUAACAACGCAACACAUUUGGGGUGAUAAUGGGCCACAACAUUGUGAAGUGCUAUAAAAAAUGGUAGAUAAGUACAGUGAGCUCCAAAAGUAUUGGGACAGUGACACAUGUUUUGUUGUGCAGACUGUCAGCUUUAAUUUGAGGGUAUUUCGAUCCAUAUCGGGAAAUAACAGCACUUUUUGUACAUAGUCCCCCCAUUUUAUUGUAGCAAAAGUAUUGGGACAAAUUCCCUUUGGUCCCAUAUUCAUAGCACACAACGUCUACAUCAAGCUUGUGACUCUACAAAUGUGUUGGAUGCAUUUGCUGUUUGUUUUGGUUGCGUUUCAGAUUAUUUUGUGUCCAAUAGAAAUGAAUUGUAAAUAACGUAUCGUGUCAUUUUUUGUCACUUUUAUUGUAAAUAAGCAGUGGUGGAAAAAGUAACCAAUUGUCAUACUUGAGUGAAAGUAAAGAUACCUUAAUAGAAAAUGACUUGAGUAAAAGUGAAAAUCACCCAGAAAAAUACUACUUUAGUAAAAGUCUAAAAGUAUUUGGUUUUAAAUAUACUUAAGUAUCAACAUAGAGUACAUCAAAAUAACAGUCACCAGGACGGUUCAACCUAGGCCAAGGUUUAUAACGCGAAGGGAUUAUUUUAUCGAUGGACACGUUACGGAAUUCAAAACCAAAUGUAGGCUAUUGGGCUCCUGAGUGGCUCAGCGGUCUAAGGCACUGCAUCUCAAUGCAAGAGGCGUCACUACAGUCCCUGGUUCAAAUCCAGGGUGUAUCAUAUCUGGCCGUGAUUGGGAGUCCCAUAGGAUGACGUACAAUUGGCCCAGCGCCGUCUGGGUUUGGCCGGGGUAGGCUGUCAUUGUAGAUAAGAAUUUGUUCUUAACUGACUUGCCUAGUUAAAUAAAAUACUAAAUAUCUCAACAGUCCUCUCUGAAGGUGGAUAUGUCAAUGAAGGUAGUUCUGUUAUUGGAGUGACUUCUAUCAUUAUUGCCAAUGAUUAUGUAACUGAUGGAUUCCAUGAUGAUGGUUUUGUGACAUCAUAACACAUGCUGUUACAGGCAUAUGACUACAUU